AUCCAGCAGGCCAUGUGAAAAACCUCAGAAAAAAACACCUGGGUUUAGGCUCAGGGCAGUUACUGAAAGUUCUAUUAAAAGGGAGUCAAGUAUAAAAUCAUUAAAGAAUAAUCCUUCUAACAUGUUUUCAGCUCGUGGACUAGAAUUCUGGAUGCUUGAACGUCUUUACCAGUGGAUUUGGCUGCUAGUUUGGUUCAAGGAUCAAAGCAUGAAGCUAAUCGAUCGCUUUGCUUCAAAUGAUUCAAAAGAAGACGAUAGGUCCGUCUAUGAGGAAUUUUUCUCUGACGAGGAGGAUUCAACUAUGGAUUCUGGUGGAGAUUCGGACACUGAAUACGCAUGGAACUCAGAUUUUGUGGAUUCCGAAGACUAUGUAUCUGAAGUGGCCACCGAUACUGGGAUUAGCUCGGACUACAACAAUAACAAUAAUAAGAAAUACUUUCAAGGAAUAUAUGAUGCCCGAUGAGGCGGAUCAAUGUAUAGAUAGAUCCAUUCGGUCUUCUAGGGAUUUGACAAUAGCAUGACCUUUCUCUUUGCUUACUAUAAUGAUUACUUAAUAAAGCUCCACAAUAAGAUAAAAACAUAAA